AUGUCGAACGAUCCCAGACUGGUUUCGAGUAUCCCGGAGUUCAUAGCGCGAUACAAGGAAAAUUACGUUGAAGGAUGGGCUGAGCUCUGGGAUAAGAGCGAGGGUAAACCUCUCCCCUUUGACAGAGGAUUCCCCAACCCAGCAUUGGAGGAUACGCUGAUUGAGAAGCGCGAUAUCAUCGGGGACCCCAUUGGCCGAGAUGCGCAGGGCAACACGUACCGAAAGAAGGCAUUAGUCCCGGGGUGCGGCAGAGGCGUCGAUGUACUUCUCCUGGCCAGUUUCGGGUAUGAUGCCUAUGGCCUGGAAUAUAGCGCCACUGCCGUUAAGGUGUGUAAGGAGGAACAGGCAAAGAAUGGGGAUAAGUAUCCCGUACGAGAUGCGGAGAUUGGUCAAGGCAAAAUCACCUACGUGCAGGGUGACUUCUUCAAGGAUACUUGGUGGGAGAAACUACAAUUGCCUCGAAAUUCUUUUGAUUUGAUCUAUGACUACACGUUCUUUUGCGCCUUGGACCCGUCAAUGCGUCCGCAAUGGGCGCUCAGGCACACCCAACUUCUGGCGGAUUCGCCGCGUGGGCAUCUCAUUUGCCUUGAAUUUCCAAGGCACAAGGAUACGUCACUACAGGGCCCUCCGUGGGCCUCUACGUCCGAGGCUUAUAUGGCACAUCUGAACCACCCUGGCGAAGAGAUCCCAUAUGAUGCAAACCGUCAAUGUAGCAUUGACCCAUCAAAAGCGCCAAGCCCACAAGGGCUUGAGCGAGUGGCAUAUUGGCAACCAGCUCGGACGCAUGAAGUUGGGAUCGUCGAGGGAGAGGUCCAAGACCGAGUGUCUAUUUGGCGCCGCCCGAACUAG